AUGCAAUCCAAAUUUUCACUCAGAAUUGCCCGUCUCAGCAAUAGUUUGUGGGUAGUUCUUGCAAUUCUGUUCAUUUUUGUUAAAUCUGCAUCUGCCAUAGGAGAUGAAGAUCUAAGCCCCAUAGAUGAAGCUCCUGCACCAGAGGUACCAGAUCUUGAUACUCCAGAUGCCAGCACACCAGACGAUAGCAAUCCAGUCACAGAAGAGAUAUUUUCGUCCUGGUCACUCUUCAUUGUGCUGUUCUUACUUGGAUCUGCACUAUGGUCUUCAUAUUAUCUACAGCAAAGGCGAAUCAAGGCCAUACACGAGACAGUUUUGUCCAUCUUUUAUGGUAUGGUUGUUGGCCUUAUAAUACGUGUGAGUCCUGGCCAUUAUAUACAGGAUGCAGUCAAGUUCAAUUCCAACUAUUUCUUCAAUAUAUUGCUUCCUCCAAUUAUUUUGAACUCCGGAUAUGAGCUCAAUCAGGCAAAUUUCUUCCGAAAUAUAGGCUCAAUCUUAACUUUUGCUAUUCCUGGAACUUUCAUCAGUGCAAUUGUUGUUGGAAUCAUACUUUUUCUCUACACGAGGUUGGGUCUCGAGAGUAUAAACAUUUCAUUUGUUGAUUCUUUGGCCGUUGGAGCUACACUUUCUGCCACUGAUCCAGUUACCAUCCUUUCAAUUUUCAACAGUUAUAAAGUGGACCCAAAACUAUACACGAUCAUCUUUGGAGAGUCGCUUCUUAAUGACGCUAUCUGUAUUGUUAUGUUUGAAACAUGUGCAAAAUUCCAUGGUCAGCAGGCACAAUUUUCGAGCUUGUUUCAAGGUAUCGCAUUAUUCCUCAUUACUUUUACCGUCAGUACAUUUAUUGGACUUGCUGCAGGUGUUUUAAUUGCACUUAUGUUGAAACACUCACAUAUAAGAAGGUAUCCUCAGAUCGAGAGUUGCCUCGUCUUACUUUUGGCAUACGAGUCCUAUUUCUUUUCGAAUGGAUGCCACAUGUCUGGAAUUGUGUCUUUGCUUUUUUGCGGAAUAACUCUCAAGCAUUAUGCCUAUUAUAAUAUGUCCAGGCGUACACAGGUUGCCACAAAGUACACGUUCCAACUUUUGGCUCAGCUCAGUGAAAACUUCAUCUUCAUCUAUUUAGGUCUAUCCUUAUUCACCGAGGUUGAACUUGUGUUCAAGCCACUUCUCAUUAUUGUGACCUUUGUCUGUAUCUGUAUUGCUCGUUGGGCCGCUGUUUUCCCUCUUAGUAGACUCAUAAACUGGUUCACAAGAACUAGAAGGGCUAAAUCUGGAUAUAACCACGAUAUUACAUCCACUGAGGAUGAAAUCCCAUAUAACUAUCAGAUGAUGCAAUUUUGGGCAGGAUUAAGAGGAGCUGUUGGUGUGGCUUUGGCAAUGGGCCUUCAAGGAGAUUCAAAAUAUGCUCUAUUAGCCACAGUUUUAGUUGUCGUUGUGCUCACUGUUAUACUCUUUGGUGGUACAACCGCUGCUAUGCUUGAAAUAUUGAAUAUUAAGACAGGUUGUGUCGAUGAAAACGAAGACAAUGACGAUGAUUUUGAUAUUGAGAUACCUGCGAUUCAGAGAAUUUCAUCUGUGACUGGAAGGCACCAUAAGAAACCCUCCACAUUAUCAUCGCCAUACUUUGAUGAAUCACGUUUCAGCUCCACUAGAUCCAAGCAUCCAUCACAGGAAGAUUUUGUUUCUGGCUCUGAUAUGGAUUCACAAAUAGAAAUACCUCCACCAUCACAGAAUCUUGCAUCUUUUCCAUCGAGAGGCCAUUCAGUGACUUCAUUGCAUGGAUCACAGGACAACUCGUUUACCCAACAAUCAAAAAGUACCUUUGGGGCAAAGCCUACUGCCAGUGUACUAAACCUUGGCAAUCUUCUUAAUGUUGAGGAACCUACCAAAUGGUUCUCAAGCUUUGAUGAGAAUGUUCUUAAACCAGUUUUAUUGGAUAACAUAAAUCCUGGUGAUAGUACAACUCACGAAGAGUCUAAUGGUAGUACAACGAACAAGGAUGAUGUGGAUUAG